UGCAUAUACAGCGGAUUUGAAAAACAACGGAGGAUGCAAAACGACGUCGUUCUAUUUCAAAACGGACCGUUUGUGCAAAGUUCAACUGUUUUCCAAAUGUACCGUUUUUAUUCCCUCCGAAACGCAUCGAGUGAAAAGAAAUUGAUGUUUUGAUGUGUUUGCAGUGGAGUGAGUUGAGCUAAGACUAAGCAUGUUUUCAAAGAUUCAAUCAGCAUGCAAUUUGGGAAGAUUAGCAGAAGCGCUGAAACUCUUGUCCUCAAACCCAACUCGCUUAGACCCCUCUUUGUAUUUGAAAAUUUUGCAGCUUUGUAUUGACAAAAAAGCUAAAAAGCAAGGCCAUUUGAUUCACACCCAUCUCAUAACAAAUGGGUUUGGCUCAGAUUUGCACUUAAACACCAAACUCAUAAUCUUUUAUGUGAAAGUGGGUGAUGUAAUUGCUGCUCGCAAUGUGUUUGAUGGAAUGCCUGAGAGGAGUGUUGUUUCUUGGACUGCUAUGGUAUCUGGGUAUUCCCAAAAUGGGCGUUUUGAAAAGGCUUUUGUGCUGUUUUCAGAUAUGCGGCAUUGUGGUGUUAAGGCGAACCAGUUUACAUAUGGGAGUGCUUUGAGGGCUUGCACUAGUUUGAGGUGUUUGGACAUGGGGAUACAGGUACAAGGGUGUAUUCAGAAGGGAAGGUUUGUUGAGAAUCUGUUUGUGAAGAGUGCAUUGGUUGAUUUUCAUUCCAAGUGUGGGAAGAUGGAGGAUGCAUCUUAUUUGUUUGGGACGAUGAUGGAAAGAGAUGUGGUUUCAUGGAAUGCAAUGAUUGGUGGGUAUGCUGUCCAGGGAUUUGCUGAUGAUUCAUUCUGUAUGUUCCGCUCGAUGCUUAGAGGAGGUCUGGUGCCUGAUUGCUACACCCUGGGUAGUGUUCUGAGAGCCUCAGCUGAAGGUGGUGGUCUCAUUAUAGCCAAUCAAAUACAUGGAAUCAUCACCCAAUUGGGGUAUGGAUCAUAUGAUAUUGUAACUGGAUUGUUGAUCAAUGCAUAUGCAAAAAAUGGAAGUUUGAGAAGUGCCAAAGAUUUACGCAAGGGUAUGCUUAAAAAGGAUCUAUUUUCUUCCACUGCAUUGAUCACUGGAUAUGCACAUGAGGGCAUCUAUAGUGUAGAUGCCUUGGACCUCUUCAAAGAAAUGAAUCAGAUGAACAUAGGAAUGGAUGAUGUUAUAUUAUGCUCCAUGCUUAAUAUAUGUGCCAAUUUAGCAUCAUUCGCUUUGGGUACACAGAUACACGCCUUUGCAUUAAAAUAUCAACCUAGUUAUGAUGUAGCCAUGGGCAAUGCUCUCAUUGAUAUGUAUGCUAAAUCUGGAGAGAUCGAAGAUGCUAAACGAGCUUUUGAUGAGAUGGAAGAGAAAAAUGUGAUUUCUUGGACAUCAUUAAUUUCUGGAUAUGCAAAACAUGGGUAUGGGCACAUGGCUGUUUCACUAUAUAAGAAAAUGGAAAGCAAAGGGUUUAAACCAAAUGAUGUUACAUUUUUGUCCCUUCUUUUUGCUUGCAGCCAUACUGGAUUAACUGCUGAAGGAUGUGAAUGCUUCAAUAAUAUGGUUAACAAAUACAAUAUCAAGCCCAGAGCUGAGCAUUAUUCUUGCAUGGUAGAUCUCUUUGCACGUCAAGGGCUGUUAGAAGAAGCCUAUAAUUUGUUAUGCAAGAUAGAUAUUAAGCAUAAUGCCUCUCUUUGGGGUGCAAUUCUAGGGGCAUCUAGCAUCUAUGGCUAUAUGUCUCUUGGCAAAGAAGCAGCCAGUAAUCUUUUUAAUAUGCAACCCGAGAAUUCUGUCAACUAUGUUGUUCUAGCAAGUAUAUAUUCUGCUGCUGGCCUGUGGGAUGAUGCUUGGAAGAUAAGAAAAUUGAUGGAAGAGAGAAGUACAAAAAAGAAUGCAGGCUAUAGUUUUUUCCAAGCAACAAAGAAGAGCAUACCGCUACUGCAGGCUAGUUGAAAUACAGAAGUCUGCUGUCAUUUUAAUUCUUUGAGGAAUUAAUGAUAUUGACAACAAAAUUGUGCAAAACACCUGAAUCAUUGUGAAUGCUGCCAUGGAAGUUGGAGCUGCCUUUACAAAUAUCAUAUGUGACAAGGACUUCAGAAUAGUCCGUCAGUGCACUUCAAUACCUGCUUUACGUUCUCAUAUUCCAUCAAGUGUUUCAAAAGACUCAGGUUAAUAGAUAACUAAAUUGUCUGUCUGCAUCCAAAGUUCUGAGGCUGACCUGGAGGAGAGAUGCUCCAGAAGAAACCCAAUCAGAAGGAGACUGAUGCAAUGAUUGUUCAAGAGGCAAAGCAGAUGUGCAGCAGCAAUGUACAGCAUGGAGUUAGCAGAAGAGAUUUUAAUAUUCUGGACUUCGGUGCAAUCUUCUUGUCAAACAGAACUCCACAAGAAGAGUGUCUUAGAAGGAACUCUCUGGCCUUCCCACUUUCCUAGAGCCAUCUCAGUAUAAAAUGUUAAGAAUGGAAUGUUUUUAUUUCUUCUUGAAUAUGUGAUGAAGGAUGAGAUAUUUUAGACAUAGAUGGUGCAGUUACUAUGGAUCAGGUUCAUGGAAUCUGAUAUAUAGCACUCCCAUUUUUCAGCUGUCUUCUUUCAUUCAAGAUUGUGCUUAAAAUCAAGCUUUCCCAAGUUGAGAAAUCUACUCAAAGACAUCUGUGUGACUUGUUAAGUGAGAAAAGGCUCCAUCCAUCUACAUGGGAAUUCCUGGUAUUCCUUGGAAGCUGUAGUUGCUUUAAUCCAUCAACUACUUUUCUUAGAUACCCCUAUGCUUCCCAGACACCUUUGUGCUGGAACCAUCUUUCCUGCCCCCUUCUGCUGUCUGGAAAUCGUCUGAUCACCGAUCGGUGCAGCUAAAUGGUAAUCUCACAGUGUCUGUAGUACUGGGUUGAGGAGUGUCUCCAAGUUAAACCAGAUCCCAUCAUCGAAUUUGGCAUGAAAUCAUCAGUCAAAGACGAGCAGUAGCUCUUGGAUCCUUCACAAAUCCACUAGCUUUCCUCCAGAAGAUUUUCUGGUUUUUCCAGUUAAUUUUUAUGGAAAAUUAGUGUGCUUCUCAUGUCUUCUGAUUAAAUUUUCAUACUUUAGACCUGGGUUUUAAUGAUAUAGGAUGAAGUUGGAUCUGCCUUGGGCAUGAGGCAGGUUGAAAAGCCAAAAACAGUGGGGAGCCACACAGGGCAAAAGUUUUCCCAAAGAAAGGGAAGGAGUCUGCACUGAUUGCAGCGAAGGAUGGGAAUCAAAAAGGUGAUUCAAAUUCUCUACUGCAAAUUGACAUGGGCAAGUUUGAAUGGGUUAGGGUAGAGUUUAAAUUCGAACAAUACUAACUCGAAAAAUAUUGGAUUGAUAGGAGUUGAAAUUUAUUUGUUAUUGAUUUUAAUUAUAUUAUUUAUUAUUAUCGGAAAAA